CUCACUGACAGUGGUAUCUUGUUUUGAAUUUACGUUUCGAAAAAUGGGUUACAAAUGGUGUAUGGUAUCAAAGUGUACAAAUACCUCUAUAAAAAAUCCUGAAAAAUUGUUUUUGUGUGUUCCAAAGAAUGAGAAGAUGCGUAAAAUAUGGUUGCAACUCGCUCGUAGAGAUCCAAAUGAGAUAGCGGUCUCGACGUGUGUUUAUUUCUGUGAGGAUCAUUUUGAUCUAGAAAGGGAUGUUGAAAACUUCUACCAGUACAGAUUGGGCUUCAGUAAAAAAUUACUUUUGGUGAAAGGAGUUUUGCCAUCGAAAUUACACUGCCAACAAAAUCGCAGCAAAAGAUUCAGUGAUUGUAGUACAUCCAGAAGACAAAAAAAUUGCUUUAUUCGAGAAUGUGAAGCAACAGCUCAGUCAAGUUCAGAAAAUGUGAUUGCUACCAGUAACGAAAGUGUUGGUAUUGAGAUGCAAAAUGAAUCCUGUAAUGAAAUAACAGCAGAACAUUCUGCAGCGGCUAAUAAAUGUAUAGGCCUUCAGAUAAAUUUGGAACCUUAUUGUAGAAGGAAGUCAGUACCGUGCCUUUCGGGGAAACGACCGUCUUUACUUUCCAUUCCCCUAAAGGCAUCUACAGGAGAGGAAGCGGCACACGCACUGUCUGGCGAGAUAGAAAUCAAAGAGGAACCAAUAUUGACUGACCCCUACCAGCAAUCACUGGAAGAAAUUGAACAGAUCUUCAUAAAAGAAGAGAACAUUAAAUUGGAAAUUCCUGAAGACCUCGAGGCAUGUGAUCCACUGCAGUUGGAGGAAGAAGAACUCAAAACUGAAGCAGAAUCAACAGGUCAUGGCAGUGAACCAGAAAGUGUUUUCGCCGUUGGCCUGGAGGACGACAACAGAACUGGUGGCGGUGGCAGUCUGUUUACACGAUUUGGCCUACCUACAGGAAUGGGCAACACCACAGAGUGCACCAUCGAGAAGGAUGCAUUCUGUGAGGUAAAAAACGGGGGAAGUCACGACACACUAUAUUCCUGCAGUGUGUGUCCCAAAACAUUCAGAACUAGGCUUGGCUUGAAGACACACUCACGGUCACACAGGGGAGAACGUCCCUAUAAAUGUGAAGUGUGCCACAAGGUAUUCAAGUUUCGCAGCAAAUUGAGGAAACACUCGCAAGUGCACACGGGGGAACGUCCAUACACUUGUGGUGUGUGCAAUAAGGCAUUCACAGAAAAGUGCCACCUCAAGAGCCACUCGCGACAGCACACAGGGGAACGACCAUAUGAGUGCAGUCUGUGUCAAAAGAAAUUCUUGUAUAGCUCCAGCUUGAACAUCCAUUUACGUCUGCAUACUGGAGAGCGGCCGUUCGCCUGUAGCGUCUGCCCUAAGACAUUUACGCAAAGUUCUGUGCUGAGGAAUCAUUUGCGAAUGCACACAGGGGAGAGGCCGUACAGUUGCAGAAUUUGUCAUAAGAAAUUCUCGCAAGAAAGUAGUUUGAAGAAUCAUAUUAAUGUCCACACAGGCACCCGCCCAUACAGUUGUGAUUUGUGUCAGAAGAGCUUCAAGAGCAGAGGCAGCCUCUGGAACCACUCGGUAAUACACAGCAAACCGUCUCAAGACCUUCAGACAAACGUGUAGUCAGAUGAGACACUCGCAGCUGCACUCCAGCUAACGCCCUUUCUGCUGUGACGUGUGUCAUAAGUGAUUUAAUACGAGGCAUGACACUGAAAGCCACACUGAAUCUCACGUCAUGCGUGGUGAAAGAACUCCUGAAGUAUGCACCUUUAUUAUAAAGCUUUGGCAAAAAAUGGCUUUUACUCUCCGUUAACGAUAGCGCUACACUGAUUUGCCUUUUUUUGCUUUAGACAGCUGAGGGAAAACUGCCUUAAACAGAAUGGAUAUUAUGAACUCAAGGCAAGAGUUGGUCAAGAACGUGGAAUAAUGUAGUGCCGCGACAUGCUUCUGAUUCUCUUUCCAUCUGUGAAGCUAUUAGACCAAUGCGCGAAACCUAAGGACGAAAAUAGAUUUCCCAUGAUGUGUCAUUGCCAAGUAACAUAGCCUGAUGAAACUUUGAACAUAUAUGGGAAGAACACCUGUUGUAUUGUACAUUAAGUAACUGAAAGAAAUACGCGACAAGAUGAACAAAGGAGACACGGUGUAUUCGAAGAUAACGCGAGGGGCGUUCAGUAAGUAAUGUAACACAUUUUUUUCUCGGCCACUUUUGGUUACAAAAAUGUGGAAUUUGUUGUGAGACAUCGUGGAAUAUUCACUCUGCAACCCCUACAGUUCCAUGCAGUUCCGAUAGCUGGCAGCACUGUAAGGUGGGCAUAUCAUCUUGAUUUUUGUGAGUUAUCGAUGUGCAUGUCACAGAGAGAGAGAGAGAGCAAAUUGUGUUGCAGUUAAUCUUCGGUCGUGCUAUGACACAGUCUUUGCCACCGCGCAGUCUGGCAAGUUCUUACUGAAGUAUGGUAGGUGACGGAUGUAUUCAGAAGUGCUGUGUUGACUUGUGAUUCUAUCUGUUGCGAGAAACAUUUAUUGUAAGGGACAGGAGAGAUGAAUUGAAUGAAUGAUAUAUGAUAUAUUGAGGCGAGAAGAAUCAGACCAGUUUUAUACAUGUAAAGAUCACGCAAAAUUUUACCCUUGUCCUUUUGAAUACAUAUUUCAUUCUAAAAUCGUUGUCUUGGAAUAUUAUUUUAUAGGAUUAGUUACUCUCCCCAUCCCUCUGUUUAAAGAAGGGUUACCAUUGUGUUGCACCAUGUGGUAUGCAACAGUUUGAAUAUUGUGUGGAAAUUUUAUUUAAAAAUAGAAAUCUAGCUU